GAUUGGUUAUCCGGCAAAGUCUCCUCAAUGCUUCACAACACGCGUUUAGUUCCUUUUCGCUCUUCGCGUUGUAAAGCAGUCCGCGGUGGUCGAAAUUUCACACGUGACAGGACUCGGCCAGGACGAAAUCCUGGCGAUGUGGCGGCGGUGAAGUGACAGAUAUGUGAUUCGGGCCAGGAUGCGCUUUCCUGCUGGGAUCCUCAGGGCGGCGGCAACCCUUCUCCUCUUUGACCUAGGGAUGAUGUACGACUCCAAAGCCAAGCCAUAUCCACUUCAAGUGCACCACAUGUUCCGCGACCGUCUGCUGAAGAAAACGCCGAAGACGGUGGGAGUAUGGUCAGCAUGGGGGCCGUGGACGACGUGUUCGAGAAGCUGUGGGGGUGGCGUCACGCAACAGACGAGACAUUGUAUCAACCGACCUGCUGAUACGAGAUUUGUUCGAGGACAAAGACGGAGAAGACAAGCAAAUGGUUGCGUGGGUUUGUAUAAGAGGAUUCAUCUUUGCAAUACACAGAAUUGUCCGUCGGGAAGGGACUUUCGGUACGAACAAUGUGCCGCAUUCAACCACAGGCUGUUCAAGGGGAAAAUGUACGUUUGGGAACCUUUCCUCAAUGCACCUGACGAAUGCGCGCUCAAUUGUCGAGCUUCCGGUUUGAAUUUUUACGCCACCCUCAACAAAACCGUCAUCGACGGCACUUCCUGCAGCCGCCCUUUAACUUCUUACGGCCGCCCUGCUCCCAAAGGCACUCGUGGUGUCUGUAUCGACGGAUCUUGCAAGAGCGUCAGUGCCAAUGGCAUAAUUGGGGCUAUCGACGAACAGGAAGAUUGCUCGGCUUGUAUGAAAGGGAAAUGCAGGAGCAUCAACGGAAUUUACACCAGGGUUGACCUUCCACCUGGGUAUUCUCUCGUGGCCCAAAUUCCACAAGGAGCAUGCAGGAUUUUGGUCCAGCAAUUAAAACACACCAAAAAUCAUUUGGCUUUGAGGAAUGCCAAUGGGUCGUUCAUAGUGAAUGGCGAUUGGAAAAUUAACAAUCCUGGUGUCAUUGAUGGUGCAGGAACACGAUUUACUUACGUCAAGCAGGACGUUUCGACUUUAGAAACAAUCUCAUCACCAGGACCUUUAGCCAAUCCGGUGGAUAUUAUGAUCGUGAAUUUCCAAAUCAACCAUGGUGUCAAAUACGGUUAUUCCCUCCCCAUCGACUCCUCCACCCCCCUUAUAGCCCCACCUCUCCUCAAACGUCCUGACUCCGGGAUUCCGGAACCCCGCCGUCUUGAAACCUCCCAACGUGAUGAAGCCCGUCCUCUCCACCGCCGGACUCGACUUCGGAGACGCUUCGCCUGGAAAAUCAGCGGAGUCUCCGCGUGUUCCAAAUCCUGCGGUGGGGGUUUACAAGCCACCGUCGUUACCUGCGUCCGGGAACAUACCCAGACUCCGGUUCCGGAAAGGCGAUGCGCGCAUUUGGAGAAACCCAUGACGCAACCCAUUAGAUGCAACCUGAAGGACUGUCCUCCACGGUGGGAGGCCCAUUGGAGUCCUUGUAGUGUCACCUGCGGGGAAGGUGUCCAACAUUAUGCACCUCAGUGUCAUCAGGAGUUGAGCACGGGGAGAUCGGUGGUUACCAACGAUGGGAAUUGUCCCAGGCCUAAGCCGUCCAGUCAAGCUAAACCAUGUAUGAUGGACCCUUGUGAGAGUAUUAGGGAUAAUGAACUACCGCAGACUCCGGAAAGGCUAGAGUGGUCAGUGGGGGCAUGGUCGUCGUGCUCUGUUUCCUGCGGCACCGGCCACCGCACGCGCUCAGUGACCUGCCCCAGCGGCCGGUGCCCCCCAGAAGACCGUCCCAAAUACGCCGAAUAUUGCGAAAACGGCCCCUGUUCCGCGACCUUUGAAAUCUCCCCUUGGCUCCUCACCGAGUGGUCACAUUGUUCAGAAUCCUGCGGGACUGGUAGCCAAUCCCGACUCGCCCUUUGCCCUCAUUCUAAUUGCUCCGACCACAGCAAACCUGAGACGUCCCGCGCCUGUUCCAGCGAUAAGCAAUGCGGGGGACAAUGGGUGACUGGUCCGUGGUCCCCUUGCCCGAAAUCUUGCUUCGGGACACUCGUGCAGAAGAGAGACGUUUUUUGCGUGGUGAAAAUCCGGGGACAGGCUCAUAUCACUAAUGAGAUGACUUGUCCUGUUGGCACCAAACCGCCCAUGGACCAGCCUUGCGCUGGAACAUGUCCGCCUAUGUGGUUCUUUGGGGAAUGGGGCGUAUGCGAGUGCCCUGCAGGGGUGCAGAAACGCGAGGUGAAAUGCAUGGAUGCCCAGGGGAGAGGAAGUAAUGGGUGUGAGGGGGAAGUCCUGCCGACAAAAAGACAGUGUGCCUGCUCGAGGAUUGAGGAGCAUCGUCAUAAGCCGGUGCAGGACGAACCAACCGAUCGUUCCUGCGUGGACCGAAUCCGGAACUGCUACCUGGCGGUCCAGGCCCGGCUAUGCCAAUACCCCUACUAUACAAACCACUGCUGCGUCUCCUGCAAACGGGCGCAACAAGAUCUGUUCGAAUAAUCUGUGAUUGGAGGAAAAUGCAUAGUCAAAUCCAGUACUGACUUAAAAAAAUAAGAUAUUCGAGUGAAAGUAAAAUAAUGUGUGGCUGAUUCUUUCCUAACAAAUGCAUGUCGUUGGAAUUGUUUGAUACUUCCAAAAAACAUAUUUAUUUCUGUUAAAUUUUUGUAUAUAUUUUUUUAUGUUUAAAAUUUUGUAGAUUCCAACGUAUCGACUCUUCCAUCAGAUGAUAUACAUAUAAUACUCUUAUAUUAAUAGAUGUCUGUGAUUGUUUUUCCACUAACUAUAGUUAAGAGGAGUGCGUGACUUAUUCGCUUUAAAAGCACUGCCAAAAUUUUGUUUCAUUCAUUUGCGCUACGAGCGCGCGACUGCGCACUUGCCAAAUCGUGUGUUACGUGUAAUUAAACUCUUACUUAAUUUUAGGCACUGUAUUAAUUUAGAUUAUUACAAAUAAGUAUUAUAAUUUUAGCUCUAUGUAUUUAUUAGUAAUAAAAAUCUUAGUUUAAAAA